UUCAUCUGGCAACACUGCCGCCAAGGACUAGUAUUGUGUUGUUUUGUUUUUGUCGCGGGGGUUCUUAAAAUACCAAGGACUCACCCCGGUUCCCCCUUCCACCGCACUUCCGCUUGGCGCGCUCUCCAGGAUGGCAGAUGUAAGCUUGGCUGUCGAAGGCCUACCGGCAAUCCCCCUCAAACCCGAUAUAAUAUACCGCAUUGGAAGGAAGAAAGGCCUGGAAAUCAGCGUCGCCGAUGAGUCCAUGGAACUGGCCCACGCCACCGCCUGCAUCCUGCGCCGGGGAGUGGUGCGCCUGGCGGCCCUGGUGGGCAGGAUGUUCGUCAACGACCAGGAGCAGACCAUCGUGGAUAUUGGCAAGGAGGACACUUUAGCCGGCCAGGUGAAGCUGCGAUUCGGGAAUGUGGAGGCCAGACUGGAGAUCAAGGAGGAUAACUACGAGGCCCACGACAGCAGCGGAUUCGGGGAGUGCCUGAAGAACAGGUCCAUCAACUCGACACUGGACAGCUUUGACAUCCCGGAGACACAGCCUCCAUCCGCCAACACGACGGUAAACACCACGGCGGAUAGCUUCUUUAUACCCGAGACCCAAGCCAUUGUCCUGGAUAGGCCACGGACCAGUGGAAAAGUGUCGCUGGGCGAUGACUUUAUGAUACCCGAGACACAGGAUCUUCUGGCGAAACUUCCGCCUGUACAUCCCAUGAAACCUGCGCUGAAUCCACAAGACCAAACCAUAGGCAGCGAUGGGGAGUCCUCCCAGGGCAGCAUGAUUCGCAUGUGCACCCAGGACUACAAUGAGGAUGCCAUCGACGACUUCGACUCCUCGCAGGUUCUCUGCGAUGCUCUGCUUCCCCUGCCGCCACCACCAACAAAGCCCAUGGAAUCUCUUGAGAAGGAAAUAAAGCGGGAUCAACUGAACACCACCGACUUAGAAAUGAGUGCCUUGAAUUGGUCAGCCAGCAACUCCAAGUGCUGUGCCCUGAGUAGCACCAAGGCGGAUGAAGUGCUGCCCCGAGAGGAUGCCUGCAUUACGCCUGAGUUGACCGCUCCCUCCACAGAUCGUAACAUCUGCACCCCUGACCUUUUCGAUUUGAUCUUGGGCAGGGACGGGCGAGCCGACUCAUGUAGUCCAGAUCCGUUUGUUCGUCCCGCUGACAGAGGGAAUACCACCACACCGCAGUUUGGCGGAGUUAAACAACUUGUUGUGGCCACCAUUGAGACUCCUACUGCCACUCCCGACAAAGAGAUCGCAGAGAGGAGUCCGGAGAGCAAUCAGGAUAUGAUAGUCACUCAACGAUUUCCUGGAUAUAAAUUGUUGGAAAGUGACGCCGAAGAUAAUGAGUUGCCGAAUCAAGAUUUCGUGGCCACUCAGGCGUUUAACUUGACACGCCGGCAACCAAACGAAGUUCCAGAGCCACUAAAAGAUAAUGAAACCAAUCAAGAUUUCAUAGCCACUCAAGCGUUUAAUCUGCGGCUACAGCCAACUAAAGAUUCUCCUAAACCACCGAAAGCUAAUGAGUCUUCCAACCAGGAUUUCAUAGAAACUCAGGUGUUCGACUUGGGUCGCCCACUGCCAACUGAUUCUCCAGAGCCACCAAAAGAAAAUGAGACCUCUAACCAGGACUUUAUAGCCACUCAAGCCUUUCCGGCCCUGAUCAACAACAUCCGGUGUCAGGACUUUAUAGCCACACAACCUUUCCAUGUGGUAAAGCAGCAUUCCACGAGUCUAAGCAACAAGGAAAACAUUCUACACGACGUCGGUAUUCAGGGUUCAGGUUCAAAAGCCAGCGAAGAGCCUUGUGAUGAGAUAGAUGCUGUGCUCAAUGAGAUGGUUUCAGGGACGGUAGUAACGUCGCCCAUAAACCCCAACGAAGAGGCGAUAAAGUUCUUCAAGCCAUGCGUGAUCAAGGAUAAGAAUCACUACCAAAAGAUUUGCCAGAUCGAAGGGGUUUUCAGUGACCUGAGCAACAAAAGUCGAUGGCGCACUGAAGCAACGAACAUUGGCAGUCGCAAACGUGUGGCCAAAUCAGUGUCUCCUCCAGCUACGCCGAGCCGAAAGAAUCGAAGAAUUUCAGAGGGAUCUCAGAGACUGGAAAGUAAUGUAAGAAAACGGCGAGCAAAUUCAGUGGAUAAGAACUCAGAACCUCUUAGCAAAUCCAUUUGCCAAGAACACGAAAUGGGAUCGAUUGCAGAAGAGAAAUCCAAGGAUGACGAAGGCGAAGCACCUUUCAAAAAGGUGGCCAGUCAAUGGCAAGACCGUAGAAAUCGUAAAGUCAGCACGGAGUUGGAGGACAAAUCAAAGGAGGAGCCACCUGCCAAAAGGAAGCGCGGUAGAAAAGCCCAGACUGCGGAGACAAGUGAAACAGACACACUCCAGGAUAUUCCCAAGCCCACGACAAGGCACAGGAGCAAAACCAACGAUGAAGAUGCUGGCGCAGAAAAGCCAACCAAGUCCAAGAGUGCAGGAGCUAGAACCACACGCCAAACUAGCAUUGAAGAUGCCGAGAUGUCCGUGAAGCCAGCGAGUGGGAGGAAGGUCAAGAAGACAGACUCAGCCAAGGAUAUUCCCAAGCCCACGAUAAAAACCAGGCGUCAAACCAGUGAGGAAGAUGCUGGGACAACUAGCGCAGAUAAGGAAAAAAGUGUAAAGGGCACACCCAAGGAUAUUCCUAAGCCAACGGCCAGAAGCAGGCGCAAAGCUAGUGAAGAAAAUACUGAAACGGCUAAAGCCGAAAACCCUGUCAAACCGAAAAGAGGAAGGAAACCUAAGUCAGAAGAGACCAGUAAGGCGGAUGCAUCCGUGGACAAACCUUUACCGAGAACCAGGCGUAAAACUGUGGUCGAAGAUGUCGACCCGCCCAAGGAAGAAAAGCCAGCUGGCACAUCAAUUAAACGUGCUGUUGUCCGUUUAUCCAGGACAACCAUUGACCAGGCAGACACUUCUUCAAACUCCGGGCACAGCUCGAAGGCAACUCGUGCUGCCAAUUCGCGUUCUGCCACGCCUUCCAUCGAAGAGCCUUCAUCCAGCUCCGCCGCUGCCAAGGCCUCUAAUGUGUCGGCAUCCGGCCUAGCGCCAAGAGCUACUCGGGUGGCCAAGUCGCGUUCCAACGCUCCAUCCGUGGAUGACCUAUUAACUACCUCUGCUACCGCCAAAGAGCCUAAAAAGAAGGUUUCCCGUGAAGAACCAUCCGCCAGCUCUGUCCAUAGCAAAAAGACUAAAAAUUUAGCCGAAGAGGAGGGCGUCAGGAACAGAUCAGGGGCCACCACUACUCGAUUUAGUCAGCCGGAUCCGGAUCCCAUUAAAGCCUUCAAUAAAUAUGUGAGAAAGGCCAAAACGGCUGGAAAAAUAAAAGUAGCCUUUACCAUGUGCAAUCGUCAGGCGUUGGAAUCGGUCCUAAAAUCCCUGAAGCACGUGGUGGAGACCACGGAGGAUCCCCUAGAGUGCGACAUGCUCAUCAUGGACAAGGGCGAGCGCACCUACAAGUUCCUGGCGGUGAUUGCUGCCAACAAACCGGUUCUGUCCAGCAAUUGGCUGCAUUCCGUAAAGAAGACCAGAAGCCUCGACAUCAAGGCAGAUCAUCUGUUCAGUGAUGCCAAGUUCAUGGAGACCUUCAAGUUCAAACCCCUGUCUGUACUGGAGCACCCUCGUCUGCUUUUCGGUUUACACUUUAUGCUCGGUGAAGACAUCAUUCCAAAGGCCAUUGAAAUGAAAGCUAUCAUUCAAAGUGCCGGCGGCAAGGUUCACGCGCAACCGCCCUCGCUGGCCAUCAGCAUGGACCUGUACGUGGUUACCACCAGCAAGGACACCAAGUCCAAACGACGCAUGAGCAACCACGAAAAAGUGCACUUCAUCAAAACCGAGGCCAUCAUGCAGGCGCUCGUCCGACACAACGUGGAACUUCUGAACGAGUUCAAGCUUAAUCUGUAAACGCCCUAGUGUUGCAUACUUCUUUAGUUUGUUUAGUGUUUUUUCGAAUUUAUAUUGCUUACUUUGCUGAGCCAUAAUUCCAAGCAGCUCCUGAUUCAGGAAGUACAUCACACAAAGGAGCUAUAUAUCACGCUUUAAAUUUAAGAUAUUUGUAUUUUGUAGUUUUUUGUUUAAUGUUUUUUGGGGCCAUCUAGUUGCGGCCAUAUUAAAAUUAGUUGUUACACUCCUACGGCCAGUCAAAUACAUCACGCUGUCUAUAGCUA